ACUCCCCCCCCAUGCCCGGUCUCCUAACAAGCGGGCCGCUGCCCCCGUUCCCCUCCUUUCCUCAACUUUAAGCCCCUGCUCCCUUCCUCUUGCUGCCAUGAAGAUCAAAAUAGCGGCCUUUAUCGCCGGGAUCCUUGGGGUUUUGGGUGUUCUGCUCUUCCUGAUCGCCUUCGGGACCGAUUACUGGCUCCUAGCAACAGAGGCGUGCGGAGGAUUUGAACCUGAGAACAACACACUUCACACCAAGGAGGCUGUAAAGGGAGAGCAGAGGAACGACAGCAGAGAAGUCCUCACCUUCCACCAUGAAGGGUUCUUUUGGAGGUGUUGGUUUUUUGGAGACUACAAGGAGAGCAUCUGGACCUUCUGGUUUACUAGCCAAGGGCAUCCGAAACACUGCAUGAACGGUUACCUGUUCCCUAUGCCCAUCGCGCUCGGACCUUAUCCACACCCUUCCUAUGAUGCGACUGCAGUGUACAGGGGCUUCUGGACGGCGUUCAUCGUGCUGGCGGUCACUGCCAGUCUUGUUGGAGGAUUUCUGCUGGUGUGCGGCGUCCCCUUCGUCAACGCGCGCUUCUAUAAAGUUGGAGGCGGAUUCCUCAUCACAGCCGGAAUUUUAUUCGCCCUGUUGAUUUUUCUGUUUGUGAUGUGGAAGGAAUUUGCUGCCGACCUCGCAAAGUACAUACUUCUCGAAAGAAGGGCUCGAUGCGAAGAUGAGAUUCCUGUAAAGGUUUAUUAUGGAUGGUCAUUCAUCUUUGCGGCUGCCGGAGUCCCCUUAGUGUUACUUUCUGGACUUCUCUUUUACCUGGUUGGUUAUAGCAUUCUCAAGGAGCUGGAAUAAAAGAAGAGGACCUCUUCCUGCAGUCAACAAAGGGGACAUUGGUAUCAUCUGGGAAUGUGUGUGUGUGUGGGGAACCUUGCUACCAUGAACCCUAUUUAUAGAAAUCUUGGUAAAAUUAAAUUCAUGACAAGAGGUGCUGUAAAAUCAAGAUGCUGGAAUUACCCUACUGGGAAAUGUAGGAUUAGGUACAAAGUUAAAAUCAGGUUAAUCAUACUAUAUAUAUAUAUAUUUUUAAAAAAACCUAUUAUGGUUUUCAUCCAAGGAAUCCUGGGAAUUGUAGUUUUGUGAGCAUGCCCAUAGAAUCUGACUUUUGGGGGUGUGUGCAUGCUCUAAAUUGGUUUGAAAUCUGUUAAAUUGACACUGUCUUCCAUGAAGCUAUUCAGGACUCGUUUGAGAUUCCAAGCUUCUUCAGAGACGUACUGUUUGUUGAUUGAGAGCUCAGCGAGCAUUAAAAUAGGCUAGAAAUGGUUAUAACUUUCACCUGCAGGAAUUGCAGAGAUUUCCCAGGGAUUCUUGCAGCAUCCUGGUCAACUGCUCCGGGUGUUCCAGCAGGCAGGGUUCCGUUACAAAGGCUUAUUUAUCCCCGUGUUCAUAAGAGCUACAAACUUGGGUUUAAAUAGAGUGGAAUUGGACGGUGGGAAUUCUACAAUUCUGCCUCACCUACUAAUCCCUGUGCUUGCGCAACAGAUCCAUGUGCAUUUUGCAUCUCAGUCACUGAGAGCACGGAACUCUUCCAUGCAGAGCAGCAUCCCCAUUUCUUUCAAAGGAGAACCUUCUGCAGACAUUCAGGUGUAAUUUGUGUGGCUCUCCUCCUGUCACGCGUAUUUGAGAGCAUACAAGUCUCCACCCGAUAGAUGCAAUCCUGUAAUAUGUGAACUGGGCAACACAUGGGUUUUCCAUGGGGUUCUGGUUCGCUAUAGUAAAGGUAAAGGUUUCCCUUGCUCGAAAGCCAGUCGAAUCCGACUCUAGGGAUGCGGUGCU